AUGUCCGACAUGAGUUUAUCCAAUUCGGCCGAUGAAGAAAUUAAUGAUCAUUAUUCAUAUCAAAAAAAUUUGCAAAUGCAGAAAUCUAAAAAACCCAAAACUACUAUGAAAGUUAAACCAAAAAAACAGAAAUUAAUAAUGGUCAACACAAGCGAUCAAAAUUCAGAAGAUGAAGAAAUUGAUGAACUUUAUAAACAUCGAAAAAAUGGACAAAUGCAAAAUUCUAAAAAACCCAAAACCAUUAUAAAACCUAAACCAAAAAAACAACAAUUUCAGUCGCAUUUAUUGAAACUGGAACAAGAAUAUGAUGGUAUAACAGCUAUGGUCAAUGAAAACUGUAUACGCGUAAAAAAAUCAGAUGGUGGAAAUUUUUGUAUCAAAAUACCCGAAAACAAAACAGCAAGUGAUUAUUUGGUUAUUCAAAAAUACAAAACUUCGGACAUGAAAAAAGUAGAGUCAAAAGACAGAUGGAAAACCUCAACGUUCAACGCAAAAACUAUGCUGAACGAAAAAGAUAAAGCGGACAACACAAUAAUAUUGGCAUUUAAUAAUUUACAAGAUUUAAUUAUGAAUAAGUUUAUGUGUAACGAUGACAAAAAAAUUGAAUCUUACAAAUAA